AUGAGCUCAGAUUCGGAAGAGAGCCAGGCGAGCGCUCACCAUGACGGCGCCGACGAGGUAGACCUUGGUACAUCGCCCGCAGCUCUACCACCGAGGACUGAGACUUCUGUGGGAAACAAUGGACAGGCGAUGUACGGCGAGGAUGAGGACAUGGAGGAGCUCGCAUCGAUCGCAAGCGGGGACAAUAACAUGACUUUUGCUACACGAAGAAGGAGCGAGGGCGAGACGGAAGAUGACGAGUCUACCUCAGAGCUUCCAAUACGGCAAGCGUUGCAGCGUCCAAAAAGCCCGGAGUCGACAUCUACCCCCGAUGAUACACCGUCGAUCCAGGGCUCGAUGCUUUCCUCUCCUGGUAGCAGCGUCCCCGCGUCGUACAGCUCUCUGCGACCCCAUCGUCCGACCUCUCUGCAGCCUUUCGAGCGACGUUUCUCUGCGCGUCUAUCGCCCUCGCCAUCAGCUUCACCACGCGCCGUGUCUAGCCCCGUUUUUCUGUCAGCGCACUCGAGACAAUCCUCGUUAUCGAGCAAUUUCCUCUUCCAGCCGCAACAAGACGAAGCGGACACACCCCAAUCACCGUGGGAGGUCGUUCGAUGGACCAAGCUGAAGAAGAUAACCGGGCAGGUGUUCUCCGAGGUGGGAAAGCGCAACUUUGGCCGCCCCACAUGUUUGGUAGUCGCCGCUUCUCUGGUUGUUGGAACAUCCAAGGGCUAUAUCCUCGUGUUCGACUAUCAACAAGUGUUGAAGUCGAUCAUAGGACCAGGAACAAAAGCUAUUGAAUGUGGUCCAGUGACAGCCUUAGCCAUAUCCGCCGAUCAUUCUACGGUAGCAGGGGGCCAUGCCACGGGGCAUAUCUUUACUUGGGAGUUGACUAGACCUGCCAAACCGUUCUUGCACAUACCCCCAUUAGAUCGGAAUGCUCUCGACGACAGAAAGUCAGACGGCCACAUCUCUGGUGUUGCCAUUCUCCACAUCGGCUUCCUUGGUACUCGACAUACAGCGCUUGUUUCCGCCGACGAUGGCGGCAUGUCGUUCUCACACUUGGCGACGCGAGGUCUGGGCGCGAUCGCGCGAACAGUGAAGAUUACUCGUGUUCUGGGCCGGUACCCGCUAUCCGAUAAAUCAUCGGAGAGACCUCGGAAACCUAGCUCUGUUCUUGCCUUUUCUCCUCUUCCGCUGGGGAACGUAGAGCAGCCAACGGAUACCAUGGGGUUGACGGCGUUGUUGACUCCAUAUUUGUUAGUCAUCGUUUCCACCACCCCCAUCGCCCAAACACAGCAUAAGGCGUCCAGACCCAAGGACAUUGAGCCACACAGUGCGUUAAGCGGAUGUUUAGCAUGGUUCCCCGCAGUGAAGCUGAAGAACCCAACCAAAGAUUUGGACAAAGCUGUGUCGAAGACGAAACUUGUUUAUUGCUGGUCGAACAUUUUGACGGUCCUGGAAGUGGAUUGUAUCGUGGCUGCGCCCAGCGAGAGGGAGAAGCCGACCGAACUCUCGUUCAGACCGCGAAGCAGGUGGAAAAGCGAAGAAGCGAUCGUGGCCGUUCAAUGGCUUAGCAGAUCCGUACUUGGCGUACUUACGAUCAGCCAACGCCUCGUCAUCUUAGAGGAUAACACACUACGGCCGACCGAUACUUUUGACCUCCUACAGAAGCAGAUAUACCACUCAGACUUGUUCUCGCGGCAGCUUCGACCGGUCAUUGAGCAGUUGGAUGAAGCAGACACGUCGUUGCAUGGCGUUGUUGCGGAUGCUUUCUACAUGAGCUUUCGUGCCUACAAGGGUCGGUUAUUCCUCUUAGGCGUGAAUGACAUUUCCAUCGGCACUUUGUCAAACUGGGCCGACAGACUUAUGGCACUCAUGGAAGAUGGCGACUUUAUCGCUGCAAUUGGCCUUGCAACUUCCUAUUAUGUAGGUGACGCGGACAAGCUGACCGUGGGACUGCCGGAUGACGAUAACGCACGACACGCGUUGGUACAAGAAAAGCUACUGGAAAUGAUAUCGGCCUCACUGAAGUAUACCUUUACCCGAGAAGGUCAAAAUAAUGAGUCAAGCGAGAAGUCAGAAAAAGACCUCGCAGAUAUCUGUUUCACUGGACUGAUUAGCAUGAAGGAGCACGAUUUCUUAUUCGAGGAAGUAUACGAUGCUUUUGAAGAUGCCUCAGCCGAGAGUGUCUUCUUCGAAACACUCGAACCGUACAUUCUAGAUGAAGAAAUCACGGACGUACCACCGAACGUACUCAAGGAUCUCAUCACGUUCUAUGCAUCGGCUGGACGUGCAGCGCGCUUAGAAGAGAUGAUAUGUCGAUUGAGUACGGACACUAUCGACAUCAAUCAAGUCACCACUCUUUGUCAGCAAUACAAUCUCUACGACGCUCUAAUACACGUUUGGACGCAAGCGAUCGGCGACUUCAUCACACCUCUUGUCAACAUCUUAUCGCUCAUCAAGAUCAUAGACUUUAGCGUGGACGAAACCGAAAACAUCUACAUGACUUCCGCAAUGAAAAUUUUCCCGUACUUGGCGUAUACCUUUACUGGUCGCAUCUAUCCCAGCGGAGCUUUUCUUGACGACGAGCAAGCGCAUAGCGCAAAGAAAGACAUGUACAGGUUCCUCUUCUCUGGCAAAAAUCUUGCUUGGCCACCUGGCUCAGGCGACAUAGUCUGGACAAGGACAGACAAAGGCCUAGAGCCACCAUUCCCCUAUUUGCGGCUUGUGUUAGAAUUCGAUGCAUCGAGCUUCAUGAGCAUGUUGAAUGAAGCAUUUGAAGACAAUUUCUUGAACGGAGAGCAAGAUGCGGCGAAUGGAACCCAGGUCAACGGAGCUAAGCAUAGUACGGCUCUCACGCCUACAAGACAGUACAUCAUCAACAUCCUACUUGGGAUUAUGACUCCAGACGUUUUCGAUGCCGAGGACAUUGUCUACUUUUACAUGUUCGUCGCUAGGAAUCUACCUAAAUAUCCACAGCACAUAAUGCUACCGGGCACAUCGCUACACCAGAUACUACUAGGGCUGUGCGAGUACCCUACAGAAGUCAUCAAGGAGGACUGCCAGCUUUCUGUCGAAUACCUUCUCUCCAUUUAUCACCCUCCGAACCUCCAAACACUCGUGCCCCUCUUUGAAAAAGCUGGGUUCCACCGCGUGCUUAAGACUGUUUAUCGUGGCUCGCAACAGUACGCGAAGCUGCUCGAUACCUAUCUGGACGAUACUGAGGACAAGGAAGCUGUCUUCGGGUGCAUAGCGGACUGCUUGCGAUCAAGCAAAGGCCCUACUAAGAAGCAACUCGGUGAAGUCAAGAAUGUAAUCGUCUUUCGCGCCAGAGACGUUGUGAACAUUGAUUCCGCCCGUGCUGCCACCACGUUGAAACAGUACGCUUCAGACUUGCUUAUACCAGUGCUUGAAGCGCUUAAAGACGAAUCCGAUUUACAGUAUCAGUAUCUGAAAGCUCUCAUUGAGCCAACAGAUCCUGCUACUGGUGAAUCGCGCACCAUCAGCGAAGACCUGCCAUUAGGCUUCAUCGAGCAGUACGUUCAGCUCAUGUGCAAGUUCAACAGCGCCCACGUUGCAGAUUUUGUUAGCCUGCUCAAAUCGGGAGAUUUGAAGCUAGACCCGGUUCUCCCCGCCCUUGAAAAGAGCGGGGUUGUGGACGCUGCGGUCGUUCUCAUGGCUCGCGACGGACUCGUCAAGGACGCCAUGGAUCGCCUAGUUAAACAUCUGGGUACCCUUGAGACCGCCUUAACGGGCUUGAUCAACGCAGCUUCAGAGACCCCAGAUAUAGGCAACACCGAAGAAGCGGUGCAUGACCUACUUGAAGACAUCCAAAAAUAUGUCAAAGUUGGCAUCUGGCUGUGUCAGGGUCAAACACGAUCUACAGACCGUAUGCCUUACAGUCUUGCCGACAGACGUAAGUCAGCAUAUGGUGAGGUCCGAGAAGAAGACCUCGCACUUGACGAGCUCCUUUGGCUCGAUCUUGUUGACUCAGUCGUCAAGCUGAUCAAGAACAUCUCUGCCGCAACUACUGAUCUCCAAGCCGCGCUAGCAUCUUCAUCAACCACACAAGCCGAAUCCAUCGACACCGCGAAGAUAACAACGACCCUCCGCUCCUCCGUACAACAAACCUUCUCCGCCCUCUUAACCUCUACCACCGUGCCUGCAAAACGACAGCCCCAGCCAACAUCCCGAGCACACCCAAGCCGACCACCUCUCACAACCCGUCGCUCCCAGCCUCAAACCAACCCAUCUUUUCUCCGCAUCCUACGCGCCUUCCUCACCCGGGCUUCUACCACCUCGCCAUCAUUAUCACACCUCCGCUCCGUCCUCGCAGAAAUAUUCUCAGCCUACACCUUCGAAGAAACCAUCCUCAGCCUCGCCAACCGCUUCCUCGAUAAAGAAAGCUUCGAGCACGUCCGCGAGAUCAACGAGCUGCGCCAGCGCGGAUGGCGACCCCGCGGACAAGUAUGUGAAGGCUGCCGCAAGCGGGCGUGGGGCCCUGGUACUGGGGGCGCGAUUUGGGAAGCUUGGGAGAGGAGUGAGAAUAAUAGACUGUUAAAACGAAUCGAAACUGUGGCAGAGGAACACGGGGCGAAGGGGAAGGGAAAGAGUACGAGGACGGAUGUUGGGGAGGGAUUGUGGGGGAAGUGGGACGCUGGUGGUGUUUGCGUGUCGACAUUUGUGGCAUAA